UGCUUCUUCGCCUGAUCAACAACCACGUCCGCUUAACCGUUGUACCAAAAGUACCUCGGGGAGUACAUAUGUCGAUUGUCUGAAACCCAGGUAAGCCAGCGUGCUUAAAACUUGGCAGGUCACCUAAAGUGUAUUCGACUGGUGAAGAACCACGGUUAGUGACUUCAGGCUCACUUUUACCCUCACAACCUGUUUGAUAUGACACCGGUGAAGUGCAAGAUUCCAUAUUUAUCCGCCAUUUUAAAUUUGACUCUCUUAGUGAAGCCUAUCGUCACCAGCUUUAGUGAUGGUCGGGCCAUACUGUAGCAGCGGAGUGGAUUAGUCGUGCCCCAAUCACCGCUUCCCAAUUUUUUCGCUGCUUUCUCCACAUGACAUCACCGAUGACAGCAACGCAAUCUACCCAGUGAAUAUAUGAGGGAAAGGAUGGAGGUACUCGCCUUUGGAUGUAUCCCUCUUUCUUGAGAACAGGUCUCAGAUAUUCUUGCAAACGCAGCGCCGCAGGACUCGCUCGACUGUCUCCGUUUACUUCAAGCUCGUUGUACUCUCAUAGCUCUAGCUCCCAUUCCAUGACUACUGAAAACGCCAAGUUUGCCGCUCAAAACCUUUUCGAUGUUGAUGGCUGGGUCUGCGUAGUCACCGGUGGAGGUACUGGCAUCGGUCUCAUGAUCGCCCAAGCUUUCGCCAACAACGGGGCGAAGGUUUACAUUACAUCUCGCCGACAAGACGUUCUCGAGAAAACGACCAAACACUGGGGCUCCGCCCUCAUUCAUCCAAGAGGCAAACUUAUCCCAGCAGUUUGCGAUGUUACUUCCAAAGACUCUAUUCGUCGAUUAGUCGACGAGAUUGAGAGGAGUGAAAGCCAGGUUGAUCUGCUUGUCAACAAUGCUGGUAUCAGCAAGACGACGAGCGACGUAGAGAAGGGGGAACAAAGUGUUAAUGCGCUUGCUGAAGAACUCUUCAAUGAAGACCCCAAUCACUGGGGGGACAUCUACAGAACAAAUGUCAUAGGUCCCUUCUUCGUUUCUGCUGCCUUUCUGCCCCUCCUCCAUGCCGCCUCCAAGAAGUCUCACCUUACUGGCUCUGUCAUUAACGUCUCUUCCAUCUCCGGCAUCACUCGCAACACACAACACCACAUCAAUUAUAACGUGUCAAAAGCUGCUACUAUCCAUCUAACGACCUUGCUCGCACAAGAAUUUCGGAGGAAGGCGGUUCGGGUCAGGGUAAAUAGCAUUGCACCAGGUAUUUUUCCCUCAGAAAUGACAGCGGGCGGAUCGGACGAAUACAAUAAAUCUCAGCUUCCCCAUGGGGAGGAGUUCGGGAAGAAAAAAGGUAUCCCUGCCGAUCGGCCGGGCCGGGAAGAAGAUGUAGCUCAAGCAGCUUUAAUGUUGGCGUGUAACCAAUACGCCUAUGGUCAGACUUUGGCCAUCGAUGGUGGGUAUCUUUUGGUAAACGGCUGAGCUACCUCGGUUCAGCUCGAGACACGCUCGAAUGCAACAUAUUAGGCUUUCGCAAUAGAUUCCGUAGCAAGUCAUAGCCGUAGUUCCGUACACAUGUCCAUUGUUAAAUG